AUAGAUGCCCCUCCUGCCUUCCCCUCCCCAGAAACCUUUCUAGGAAGUUUGCUUGGCUUAACUGGCAAGGCGCAGGACGGUCACCGCUGUCGGUGAGCGUUGCGGUGGGCUGCGCUAGGAAGGAUGGAUUUUACCCUCGUGCCUCUGUGGGGUUGCAGCAGGACUAUGGCUCAUGUGAGUAGGAGCUUGUGGGAUGCUGCCCGCUCGCUGCCUUAACACCGGGGGGGAGACUGGGAGCGCAGCUGCCCACCAUGGGUCACGGCAGAUUGAGAUGCCGGGGGUCUGUACGAGCCCUCCCAGUUUAGCAACUGGCGUGAGGUUCAGAUCACCUCGACCUCCCAGAGAGAGAGGAGUAUGGAGUGAUGAGGUGAAACCAGCCACCAGCUGGCUUGCCAGGACAUGGUAAUUAGCUCAAUGCAGUGCCAGCCUUAUUAAGGGCAGUGCAGGUGAUGAUGACGUUGGCACACUGAUUCAUUACAUCUGGAAGGGAAAAUCCGCCUAGUAAAUGCUGAAGCACAGUAAAUAUUUUUGGCUCCUGACAGAUUGAUCCUUGCAUUAUGCUGAUUAGCCUAUAUUUGUGGAACUGAGGAAGUUAAAAAUAAGGUUGGUGGAAAGCUACAAGAUAAGGAAAGGAUUUGCAUUUUAUGGCCACCAGCAAUAAACUUCUUUUUUUAUUUGUUUUUUGGGUGGUAAAAAUUUCAACACUUUAUUUUUUCUCCCCAUUCCCUUCUUUGGCUCUAGGUUUCACUGUUAGGUGAAAGCCCAUAAUUUAUUUUCUCUUGCCAAUAAUAUUCUGGAAGGGAGCUGUAAAUCUAGAGCGCACACAGUUGGGAAAUGAUUUCUGAAAGAAUUCUUUUGCAAAUACGUGGUGCAAUCCUGCAAAAUGCUUUGGCCCUGACAGACCUUAGGGGGUGGUACAGACAUAUCAAAGCGUGUAGCAGCAUGUGUACUCAGUGAGAGUGGAUGCUUUGGACUUUCCUGUGAGCGAGAGGGCUUUACGAGCUUUAAGUUCAUGGAGAUAAAUGAUUAAACCAACUUCUGACUGUUGCUGUUUUGUUUUCCUACACUCAGGCUCUCACCUGAACUUUCACCGCCUGGUAUAUGCUGUUGGGAUAUCCGUAAGAGAUCGCCCAGGAAUGGUGGAUCACUUGCUGCCUACUGAUGAAUCCUUUUCAUCUACAAGAUCUUCUCUUGGAUACUUUGGGGACAUGACAGCAGGGGUGAGGUCCUACCAAAUGCUGCCCUCUCCCCUGUCAGAAGAUGACAGCGACUCGUCCAGCUUUUGUUCUUGUUCCAGCCCUGACUCCCAGGUUCUCAGCUCCAGCUAUGGAAGCACGUCCAGUGCGGAAAGUCAGGACAGUAUCUUAGACUACUUAUUGUCCCAGGCAUCUUUGGGGAACACUGCUGCGUCAUGGUGGGACAAAAGGAGACUUCAGCCAAUAGUGAAAGAGGAGUACUUUAGGUUGCCUGAAUUUGCCGUGGAUAUGGAAGACUCAGGACCAUUUCAGCCCACGCUUGAGGAAAUUGAGGAAUUUCUGGAGGAGAACAUGGAGUUGGAGCUCAAAGAAAGACCUAAAAGCGAGACCAAGGACUUGAGAGCUUGCAGCCAAGUUUCUGUUGCUUCGCUACAGCAAAAAGACCAUAUGUUACCCAGCGCGAGUUUAAAAGAGAGUAAAAAUGAACAGUUGAGCAGCUCAGCGGAAGGUGGCCAAGCUUCAAAUGGAGGAAUGUCCCUGGAGAAUGGGAUACCAGUUAUGCUCCAAAUUCAGCCUGUACAGAUCAAACAGGAGUCCAACACGAGCCCCAGUUCCCAAGGACCAGCACAAGACAACAUUAAAAUUGCACAGCUCCUAGUCAACAUCCAAGGACAGACAUUUGCCCUUGUGCCUCAGAUAGUUCAGUCGUCCAAUUUGAACUUGUCCUCUAAAUUUGUCCGCAUUGCUCCCGUCCCCAUCGCCGCCAAGCCAAUUGGGCCAGGAGGCAUGAUCCAGGGUCAGACAGGAAUCAUCAUGGGUCAGAAAUUUCAAAAGAACCCUGCAGCAGAACUCAUUAAAAUGCACAAAUGUUCUUUUCCUGGUUGUACCAAGAUGUACACGAAAAGCAGCCAUUUGAAAGCCCACCUGAGGAGGCAUACGGGAGAAAAGCCUUUUGCAUGCACGUGGCCGGGUUGUGGAUGGAGGUUCUCCAGGUCAGAUGAGCUGUCCCGGCACAGGCGCUCCCACUCGGGGGUGAAACCCUACCAGUGUCCUGUCUGCGAGAAGAAGUUUGCUCGAAGUGACCACUUGUCCAAACAUGUCAAGGUGCAUCGGUUCCCACGAAGCAACCGCUCCGUCCGCUCCGUGAACUGAUUGGUCCCCGCUUUCCCCUUCCCGCCCAGCCAUCCUACAACAGCCGAUGACAGCACUUUGCUCACUAUAUUUCUAGUGAUAAUUUAUUUGUCUCCACAGAACAGUCAAUGCUGUUACCUGAUACCACCAUGUCUGAGUAUCCCAUGUCCUUUAAAGAUGAUUUGAGAAUGAAGUUCUUUUUGGGUCAAGGGAGGGGGAUGCUUCUUCCUUUUUGUCUUUUUUUUUUUUUUUUUUAAGUAUGUUAUUUUCCUUUCCUUCUAUCUUUCCCUCCUUUGCUGCUGCUUCUUUUGGAAAUUAGUGUUUUAUUUUUAGCUGUUUUCUGCUGCACAGGAAAAUGUAAGAGUUGCUUGCUGCUAGUUAAUUAUAGCCCUGGCAUUCCUGAGGGCUUUGCUCAUGUACAGGCCAUUCAUUGUGAGUUUUUAUUAAGCUGCUCUAUUUGUCCAGUUUGGAAACAGCAAAUUCCUUUUGAAAUGAAAACAACUCCUUUGUUUUUGGGUCGCCUGAGCCAAGGAUUUGUAGGGGCUGGCCAUAGGAGGAGGAACAGUGGGAGUCAGGGACAGGGGGAGGCAAGGCAUGGAGAGCGCUGGAAUGCGCCUCCGCACCUCUGAUUUCUCCGUCUCACAUUUACCUUUUCCUUGGCUAGGGCUAUAUAUAAAUAUUUAUGUAUAUAUAUUCAUACAUACAUAUAAAUAUAUAUUUAAGCAAAGGCGUACCCCAAGCAAACCCGGAAGCUCAGGCUGGAUGAAAUGGCUUGGAGUGGAGCCUUCUGGUGUGGCUGAGCGCAUACUUCUGUGCAUGCUUCUCCUGUCCUGUGCUGCCAUGGGGGUGAAAGGGUGCCCAUGCGUCGAAGGAAACGCUGCUUUCCUUUGACUCUGGUUUGCAGCAUCCACCGUCUUUAGCAGAAGAGCUGUUGUCCGGCACGUAAAGCAGCAGGAAGCCGUUUGUGAGAACGGCUGAGCUCUGUUCCUGUCUCUGCUCCUGUCCUCUUGUGUGAUCUUGGGGGAGAAACCCGAGCGCCAGCCCAGGAGAUGCCCGGUGGUCCUGGGGAGCACCGAGCAUCCACUGCGAGUCAACGCCUCGCUGGUUGGAGCCAAGUCUCCUCCGUUCGUCCUCUGGCCGGCAGCGCCUUGUAGGUUGUAGCUGUACCCAGGGGAGGGUGGGAGGCAUCGUGGCCUGGUGGGACAGCACUGUGAGAUCUUCUGUCCAAGGGUGAUCUUCAGUGCUGAUCCUCUCCUUACUGACAGCUGUGUCAGAGCUCCGUGCAGCUGGGGUGGGCGAAUGGGUGAGAACAGUAGCCAAAAGAAACAAAUUUGUGUGGUAGCUGGCUAAGAAGGGAAUUUAAACAAAUAAUCAGAUGGUAGCAGGCAAGUGAUUUUGUUUGUGUUUCUUCUCGUUUUGUUUUUCCUUUUGAACUCUGGCAAUUGUAAGAAGCUUUAGAAGAAAAUAGAAUUCAGUAAUUAGGAACGAUUUUAUAAUGGAUGUUGCAUUUCCUUUCCAUUCGCAGACAGCAUCUGUUUGUCUUUUUGUUGGCAAAAUGGGAAAUGGGAAACUGUGAUUCUAGCGCUAGGCAGAGCAGGAGCCCACGCUGUGCAAGAACAACAGGUCUAGAUAAAGCGAAUGCAUUCCUUUUGUCCUCUAGAAAUUAAUAUAAGUGAACUAUCAUCUGUUGACUGGUUUAUAUCACAUCCUAUGAAUGUAUGUAAAUAAAACUGUACAUAGAUGCAUAUCUAUAUAAAAUAUCUUUUAAUAACGUAUCAAAAUUUGUGUAAAUUGGAAACAAAAAUACCUAUAAAGCCAGUGUACAUAAGUUACAAUUCUGUAUAUUUUCUUUUGUUCUUCAUAAAAAUAUAUUUACUUUGACAAUAAAAUGAAAAUGAAAAUUUUAAA